AAGGAAACAUUGCAAAUUCAUUUAAACCGAGUACCUAUAUACUGUUCUGGUCUUAUAAUUUCUAACCAGAUGUUUCUUACUACUAGUAUAUCUUCCGUGUAGAGGAAUUAAAUGGGUGCCUCUGAACUUGCAUAUGAAUACGUCUUCGGCGCAUUUGGUCUGUUCCUGUUCACAUGUAUCGUGCUUGCGUGGUGCUGGCACAAAUGUGGUUGUAAUAAGGAAAGAGCGCAACAUACACAUGGACCAGAAGCUGAUAGCACACUUUAUAUAAUAAGAAAUGAGGCACCAAUAGAUGGAUUUCAAAGAUAUGAUCCAACUCAAACAAAUCCUUUUGACAACAAUGAUCCGACCCAAAGAGGGGCUUUUGACUACAAUUAUCCGACCCAAAGAGGGGUUUUUGACUACAAUGAUCCGACUCAAACAGACGCUUUUGACUACAAUGAUCUGAGUCAAACAGACGCUUUUGACUACACCUCUUGUGAUCAACCACAACCACCACCAUACAGUUUCAACGAAACCCAAGCUUAUCAUGAAGAAUACUUUUCGGACGACAUGUACACUAACCCUUUCUAUAAUCAACAGUGGCCAUUAGCUGAUUCUGGACAAGUCACAUGAUUUCAUAUAAAUAUACUGUCCUUUCAUGCUAUUUAAAGACUAGUAUCAUUAAGUGAGGGGAACAUUUUCCAGUAUAUCUUGUAGAAUGAAUGUUAGAGUAGUUCUAAUGAAUAUCUUAACAGAUUCAGUGUACACAACGAUUAUAGUAAGUAACCUUAAGUAUAAAAAUUUUUACUGUAUUCAAUAUCAUGUGAACUUUUUUUUCCCUUUAAAAUCUUGAAUCAUUUGGCUUAUUCCUUAUAUUAUAUUUUAGGGAUGGCCAGAAGAAAGUAGUUCUUGAUAUAAACUUUCAGACGUUACGCGCGAUGUUGGUGCCAUUUUACAACUGUAGUAGCAGACCUAUUAAACACAUUGUUGAUUUCAAAACGAUACUGGCAAUAUGGGUGAUUUUGAUAUAAAUCUAUAGGUUUUAAAUAGAACUUCCUGAUUCCAGUGAGAAAUUAACAUUUAAAUUGAUUUCAUGCAAAAUAUAGAAUUUUACAGCGCAAAUUAAAAAUAUUUUAAGCGUGUAACGUUACAUUUUUUAAUUAAUAAUAAUCAAAAAUGUGAAUAAGAAUAAAAAGAAAUAAAUUUACUCAAUUACAAAAAACUUUAAAUAGAAACAAAUUAUAUGAAAAUUUUGUGUUUUUCAUUAAGAUUUAAAUUGUUCAAGUUCAACAAAAAUGUCCAGAGUCCAAAAUGACGUGCAAAAACAAGAUCCAGCCGUUACUCAAUGGGUUAAAUUCUUUUUUUUUUUCAUUGAUUAUAUGAUUAAUUAUAUGUGCAUUAUGUGCUAACCCAAACGGUCAGAAUGAAUUUCAGAUUUACAAAUUUACUCAUUUAAUUAAUAUUUUACAAAACAUUUAGGAGGUUCAACAUAUUUGUCUAGUAGACGUUCAUGACGUAAAGCACAAAAAUGUGUUUAAGAGUGGUUUGAGAAAUUAACAAUCUUUAUCAUACACAAAUCGAAAGCGCCCUUUUUGUUCAUUUGUUUAAUUACAGGUAGUUUAUGAUUUUUUAACUCAUUUUUUAAAGUACAAAGAGAUAGCGAUAGGGCAACAGUUACGGUAGUAACACUAUUAGAAGGGUUACGUCAAUACUUGACGUUACGUAAUGUUAAACGUCACCAACAUCAUGCGUAACGUCUAAAUAAGCUGUCAUUCAUAUCAAAGAUUAACGAUAUAUGCAUAAAUGAAUAUGAACUUGGAAAUCCUUCCAUCUUUUCUGUAACAUCUUUGAAAUGACGGUAUUUAAUUAAUUAUUUGGUGUUGCUAUCCGGAUAUGGGCAGACUUACACUUUCCCGGUCUAUCCUCAAUUUUGGCCUCUAUUUUGACUUUAUCCCAAUUUUAGCUUUACUUCCAUAAUGGACCUUUGGAAUCUAUACAAAUUUUUUACCCCAAUUAAUAACCAUUUUUUAAAGAAUUUUAAUUGAAUUUAAUAAUUACCAGAAUUAUAUUUUGUAAGAUGCGUUGAUGGCAGAAGUUGGAAGAAGCUUUGUGUAACUUUAGAGCAUAUGAGUCAAUGAAUUGUACACAUGUAUUUCCAUCACUGAAUGUUAAAACAUCAUUUGAUUGGAUCUACAUACAUCAUCAAAAUUGUCGGGACUGAUCCAGGACAGGGGCUUAUUGCAUCUUUUAAUUACACUAUUACUGAAAAGGAAGAUGUAAAUUAUCUAUGAGGUAAUUUUUUGAUUAUUAUUGAAGCAAGCAUGUGUACAUGGUUUAAAAGAGAAAAUUAAGAAACUGUUUCUUUUUGCAUUUGAUCUCUCUAUUGAAUCCAUGUAAUUUUGAGCAUAGUGUGAAUUUCAUAAUUUGUCGAAUAUUAAAGUUCACCAUAUGAUCAAGUAAAUUUGUUAAUACUAAAAUCCAAUCCAUCAUGCUACAUGUAAAAUAGCUUAUGUUUUGUGCUUUACAAACUGAAAAGGCAAUGAUAACGUACGUCUACAUAAUUAUUGUUCUCUGAGAGAGAGAGCUUUUUUCUUAAGGUAUGUCACUCGUGAAAUUAGUUAUAUCAAGGAUUUUUUGAGAAGUAUAUUUCAGAUAAGUACUCAUAUAGCAUGACUCAAAAUCGCAAAGAAAAUGGGGGUGGGGUGGGGGUGUCAGUGUGCAUCUUACUGAGCUGCGGUACAAAUAAGUUCAUUUUUUUUGCACUUAAAUUGUUACUUUUUGGUUUAUCACUUUAAUCAUAUUUUUUUUAGAUGCAAU